CACAGACGUUACAGCGCAAUACGUCAAAAUACUCAGCCUCUCCACACUUGGGUUCUUACAACGGAUAAUUUCGGUCGUACUUACUACGUAGACCAUAAUACCCGGACAACAACCUGGAAGAGACCUACUUUAGAACAAAGUGAGAGCGAACGUGGCGAUCAAUUGAAUGCCAAUACCGAGCUCGAGCGGAGACAACAUCGGGGAAGAACUUUACCAGGAGGAAGCAACUCCGAAAGCGGUUCUUCCAUUGCUGUACAAAGCAAUGUUAGUUCUUCAACCCCAACAGUCAAUGGCUCCGCAGCCGCGGCUCUAGCUGCCACGGGUGCUACGACUUCAGAAAACUGA